UUGAAGGAGGGAGCACUUUAACCACUUUUUUAUGUUGCACGCAUCCAUGGCAGAGAACCGAAGGAAGACAGAAGAGUGCUACAAACUAAGACAGACAGCAGAAGGAGAGGUGAACGAAACUAAACAAGAAAAAUAUCAGCUCCUUUAACUAAUCCAUUCUCCUUCCUUCUCUCCACCCCCUAUAUACCUUAACUACCUAUUAGUACAACCAGUCUUGUAGCAUUUCCUUUCAUCCUCAAAAAUAAACAAAAAUCAUCCGCAGCAAGCGAAAGGCAGCAGCCAUCCACUGUACAAUUAGCUCUGAUUGGGUUGGGGUGUUUUGGUUACUCGUGUAAAUAGCUAGCUAGGUGAUUUUCAUAGAUAGUUCUUGAAUCUACCUCUUCUUGGGGUGGGCUUCUUGAGUUGCAUGCAUCACUCUUGAUCACUGUCUAGAGAGAUUUUGGGUUGGCUUGUCAAACUUAGGAGUCUACAUCCUCUUUUGCUUCAAUUCGAGAUAUAAUUUUGCAUUUCGUUCUCUCUCUAUCUCUCUUUUUUGUUUGGUGGUUGUGGUGAUUCCAAACUGGGGAGAAAUAGUGAUUUGGGUUGUUUUUGUUUAAAUGAAGGGGAUGCCCUUACCCUUUGAUUUUCAGGGGAAGGGGGUGUUAGACUUAGACUUACAAUUUGUUUCUUCUUCUUCUUCUUCUUCCUCCUCCUCUUUUUGGAACUAUAAAAACGCUAGCAAUUGUAAGGCAAAUUGUCUCUUGAACCGUAAUACCAGCAUUUCCAGUGAUAGUGAGCCCACAUCUGUCCUGGAUAACAUAAGGAGUCAAAGUCCUCCUACAUCUUCUUCAACCCUGUCUUCAUCUCUAGGAGGAGGAGGAGGAGGAGGAGGAGGAGGCGGGCCCAACAAAAACAGCGGAGGUGCAGUUGCUGGUGGUGGGGGUGGUGCCUCUACAGAUACAACCGGGGUGGCGGCGGUUUCAGGAAAUUCAUCCAUCAAAUGGCACCAAGAUGCCCCCUCCACUACCACCAGCUCAAAUGUUGCAGCUGAAUCUGAGCUCCAACCUGUGCCACCAUCUCUUGAGAUGGGUGGUGGUGGCACCACCGCCGCGGAGGAGUGGGAGAGUGUUUUACCGGAGUCCGUGGCUGCUUCCCCCAGCCAAGAGCAGUCUAUUCUGCGCUGGAUCAUGGGGGAUGUGGAUGACCCUUCUAUGGCCAAUUUAAACAAGGUUCUCCAAAUUGGUGGUGGCCCUGCGGCCGCAGACGACGAGUUCAAUCCCGGUUUUGGCGUUGUUGAUCAAGGCUUUGGAGCUGACCCUGUUGGCCAAGUGACCAAUUUUUUGCCUCCAAUGAACACCUCACUGCCAAUGGCCAGUUCUGCCAGUUUGUCAAGCAAUAGGGUGAAUGGUGAAAAGAUUGGCCUGUUGGCGAAUUCGUCAGGCAGUCCUGCUGUGAAUAAGCUAUCUAACCCUCAGAAUUCGAUUUUUCCUGCAUUAUCGAGCAAUCUUGGGGUCCCUAUUGCCUUCAAUCAAGGGCAACAGCACGUUAUCCAACAGACACCAACAGCAGCAUUUGAGUGUGCUGAGAUGAAACCCCCAAUUUUCAAUCCACAAAUGUUAAUAAACCAGCACCAAGCUCAGCACCCGCAGAACCCCUCUUUUUUUAUGCCUUUGGCAUAUGGACAGCAGGAGCAGAAUUUGUUGAUGCCACCACAGUCGAAAAGACAUAAUCCAGGACCUAUAGGAGGGACUGAUCCCGGCUUCCAGAUCUCCAAAGCUCCGUUUUCGGAUACAGGGCAAGAGCUUUUUGCAGGAAGACAACAGCCACACCAGCAGCAGCAAGCACUGCCUCAGGGGCUAUCUCAUCAGCUUCAGUUGCUUCCUCACUAUCUGCAGCAAAGGCCUGCUGCAACGAGUCCAAAGCAGAAAAUGAUAGGGGAUGAAAUGGGGCACUCACAUCAGCAACAGCAGCAGCAGCAGCAGCAGCAAGCAAUAAUUGACCAGCUAUACAAGGCAGCAGAGUUGGUCCAGACGGGGAAUCCAUUACUCGCGCAAGGGAUAUUGGCGCGGCUCAAUCACCAGCUCUCUCCUAUUGGUAAGCCUUUCCAAAGGGCUGCUUUUUAUUGUAAGGAGGCCUUGCAAUUGCUACUCCAUACUAACAACUUAAAUCCCUGUACGGCCAAUUCGUCGCCGUUUAGUCUCAUUUUCAAGAUUGGUGCAUAUAAAUCCUUCUCCGAGAUCUCACCAGUUGUACAAUUUGCGAAUUUCACUUGCAUUCAAGCCCUGCUAGAGGUUUUAGAGGGAUUUGAUCGAAUUCAUAUUAUCGAUUUUGAUAUUGGCUAUGGUGGUCAAUGGGCUUCUUUUAUGCAAGAGCUUGCCUUGAGAAGUGGUGGUGCACCAUCAUUGAGAAUUACUGCAUUUGCCUCUCCCUCAACUCAUGAUCAGCUCGAGCUCGGCCUAAUGCAGGAAAAUCUAAUGCAUUUUGCUAGUGAGAUAAAUAUGGCAUUUGAGUUUGAAAUUGUGAGCAUUGAUUCUUUGAAUUCUGCUUCAUGGUCGCUGCCUCUUCACGUCUCAGAGAAUGAAGCCAUAGCAGUUAAUCUGCCUGUCAGUUCUUUCUCGAGCUGUCAAUUGCCACUAUCUCUGAUUCUCCGUUUUGUGAAGCAGUUGUCUCCAAAGAUUGUGGUAUCUGUUGACAGAGGUUGUAAUAGGACUGACCUUCCAUUUCCAAACCAUGUGAUUCAUGCCCUUCAGUCUUAUUCCAAUCUUCUCGAGUCCCUUGACGCUGUAAAUGUGAACUUAGAUUCCUUGCAAAAGAUUGAGAGGUUUUUGCUCCAACCUGGGAUCGAAAGAAUUCUGUUGGGUCGUUAUCAUUCCCCUGAAAAGACACAACAUUGGAGGACCCUGUUUUUGUCAUCUGGCUUCUCCCCAUUAACUUUCAGCAAUUUUACAGAAUCACAAGCUGAGUGCGUCGUGAAGAGGACCCCUGUUCGUGGAUUCCAUGUCGAGAAGAGGCAGUCUGCGCUUGUCCUCUGUUGGCAAAGAAAGGAGCUCAUCUCAGCUUCAGCUUGGAGGUGUUAAGCAAAUGAUAUUUAAGAUACUAGUGAUUGAUUUCAUCGAUGAAGCUGCCUCUUAAGUCACAACUCACUGGUUUAGUCUCUGGACAUUUUGAACUUUUCAUGCUUGUGAUAUAUCCUUCUGCUAAUUGUCUCUGUGGCUUAGGCAGAUUAUUCCAUUUAAAGAGGAACCAGACAUUUUAGUAACUGGAUGUUCUAAUAUAGUUAUCUUAUUCCAUUGUAUUAUGUUGGACGUAAUUAUCCAUAGUUAUGGUGCUGUUAUACAUUUCUGGGGAAUGGCAUCAUGCUUCUAAUUUUAUGUUCAGACUGUUGUAAACUCAACAACAUUGCAAAGCAGAAAUUAACAAGAGGAAAAACAUGAUGUUACCUCUA